AUGAGUUUUUUGGGUAAGCUCUUUGGGGGCAAAAAGGAGGAAAAGGGGCCAACAACACAUGAAGCAAUACAAAAGUUACGUGAAACUGAGGAGCUCUUAAUCAAGAAAUCGGAGUUUCUAGAAAAGAAAGUCGAGACUGAAAUACAGAUAGCUAGGAAAAAUGGAUCUAAAAACAAGAGAGCUGCUAUUGCUGCAUUAAAGAGAAAGAAGCGUUACGAGAAACAAUUAACACAAAUUGAUGGUACUCUUACCCAAAUUGAGGCUCAAAGGGAGGCCUUGGAAGGUGCUACCACAAAUGCUCAAGUCCUGAAUACUAUGAAAGAUGCUGCUAAUGCUAUGAAACUAGCACACAAAGACAUUGAUGUCGACAAGGUUCAUGAUAUUAUGGAUGAUAUUGCUGAACAACAUGAUAUAUCUCGAGAGAUCACAGAAGCCAUUAGUCAAAAUGUGGCCUUCCCCAAUGAUGUUGAUGAGGACGAAUUGGAGAGGGAAUUGGAGGAAUUGGAACAGGAGGAGCUAGACAAAGAAAUGAUGGGUAUCAAUGUACCAUCUGACAAUUUGCCGGAUGUACCUACCUCAGAACUGGCCACCGAUAAACCCAAGCCAAGCAAGUCUAAGGAGAGUGAGGACGACAAAGAAUUCGCAAUGCUUCAAUCCUGGGCGACAUAG